AAUAGUAUUCACAGAUCAUACUUCAAGAUUUUUGAUACUUAUAAUUAACUUGGAGCAACAUCUUUUCGUCAUUGAAAUAUGCCAGUUCUCAUCAAUUGCAUCUUUGAUUAGAAGACAACUACAAACGAAGGGUUCCGCAGAGGCGUUUACAAAUUCAUACGCCAAACCAACUAUUUAAUCAGGAAUUUUGUGGAAAAUGCAUGGAGAAAAACUACAUACUUGUGAGCACUGUGGAAAACAUUUUGCUAGAAAUUCUUACUUAGAGUGCAUUUACGAAAUCAUACUGGAGAAAAGCCAUUUGUUUGUAAACAAUCAUACAAAUUGUCCGGACAAUAAACAAUCAUCCUCCAAAAAUAAGCCCUAGUGUCAUUUUCGGAAGAAACUUAAAAUAAAAACCGGUCUUAUUUUUGGAGAAAUAUGGUUCUCAAAAAUUGCAUAUCUGAUUAGAAGGCAGCUACAAUUGAAGGGCCUCCGCAAGGGCAUUCACGAAUUCAUACGCCAAACCAACUAUUUAAUCAGGAAUUUUGUGGAAAAUGCUCGGCGAAAAACCUCAUACUUGUGAGCACUGUGGAAAACGUUUUGCUAGAAAUACUUUCUUGAAAGUGCAUUUACGAAUUCAUACAGGAGAAAAGCCAUUUGUUUGUAAACAAUGUGGAAAGUGUUUUACAGUAAAUUCUCAUUUGAAAAGACAUAUUCUAACCCAUACAGGAGAAAAGCCUUACGUUUGUGAACACUGUGGAAAGCAAUUUUCUCAAAGUUCUUUCCUAAAAGGACAUAUCCGAUCCCAUACUGGAGAAAAGCCAUACACUUGUAAACAAUGCGGAAAGCGUUUUGGUUUCACCUCACAAUUAAAACGACAUAUCCGAAUUCAUACUAGAGAAAAGCCAUAUAGUUGUGAACAUUGUGGAAUGUAUUUCGCACAAAAAACCCAUCUUAAAAGGCAUAUUCGAACCCAUACUGGUAUAAAGCCAUACACUUGUAAAUAUUGUCAAAUGCGUUUCACUGAAAAUUAUAACUUGAGAAAUCAUAUUCUGAGCCAUACAGGGGAAAAAUCAUACCAUUGUAAGCAAUGUGGAAAGCGUUUUCCACGUACUUCUGAUUUGAAACAGCAUAUUCUAAUUCACACUGGAGAAAAGCCAUAUGCUUGUGAACACUGUGGAAAGCGAUUCUUACAAAACUCUCAUUUAACAAGGCAUAUACGAAUCCAUACUGGAAUAAAACCAUAUCUUUGUGAAAAGUGUCCGAAGCGUUUUAGUGAUGGUUGUAUAUUGAAAAGUCAUUUUAUUAAAGCUCAUACAAUAGAAAAACUGUGUAAGCGUUGUGGAAAGCGAUUCCCAAGUAAAUAUGAUUUGAAACUGCAUACUCAAAUUCAUGCCGGAGAAAGACCACAUGCUUGCGAAUUAUGUGAAAAGUCAUUUUUCAAAAAUGCUGAAUUGAUAAGGCAUAUCCGAACUCAUACUGGAGAAAGACCAUAUGCUUGUGAGCAAUGUGGGAAGCGUUUCAAUAUGAAUUCUCACUUAACAAGGCAUAUUCGAACCCAUACUGGAGAAAAGCCAUAUGGCUGUGAGCUUUGCGGCGCAUAUUUCUCACAAAGAUACUAUUUAAAAUUUCAUAUACGAACUCAUACUGGAGAAAAGCCAUACGGUUGUGAACAUUGUGGAAAGUAUUUUUCUGCAAAGUGCAAUUUGAAAAUCCAUAUUCGUACCCACACUGGAGAAAAACCAUAUGCUUGUGAGCAAUGUGGGAAGCGUUUUAAUGUGAAUUCUCACUUGAAAAACCAUAUUCGUAUUCAUACUGGAGAAAAACCAUAUGAAUGUGAGCAAUGUGGGAAGCGUUUCAAUGAGAAAUCUCACUUGAAAACCCAUAUUCGUAUCCAUUCUGGAGAAAAACCAUAUGUUUGUGGGCAAUGUGGGAAGCGUUUUAAAGUGAAUUCUUACUUGAAAACCCAUAUUCGUACCCAUACUAAGGAAUAGCCAUGCAGUUGUAAUGGAAGUGGAAAGCUCUUAUCAAAAAACCUAAUUUUCUCCCACAAUUCCAACUUGAAAACACAUGUACGAACCCAUACUGGUGUCAAUUGUUGGGGACAAUGAGAGAUUUCAAGAGUACACACUGGAGAAUAACUGUUUGAAUGUGAAGUGUGGAAAACAUCAUCUAUGCAAAAUAGACAAUUGAAAGUUAAUAUGUAGCAAACUUCAAAGAAUAUAAUAAAAUUAUAUAAUUGCAUCAAUAGUGAUGACUCUUCUGUUAUAAAAAUCAUUUGUGAUCCAUGGGAAAGCAAUAUCAUGUGCCUGUACUGGAAAUAAACAGGUUACUCUAACAACAGCUGAACAAUCAUCUACUUGUCGUAAUUUUGAUUUGCUGUUUAACAUUGUUAGCAUUGUUGGGUACUUCCAUAGUAUGCGAACUAAGAUCAUUGACACCGGAACAUAGUAUGUUUACAAGGUUGGGGUCAGGCCAUGAUUACAAGUACAAAUACUUCAGGAGUCACAUGGGCUAAAAAAUUAUGGCCUACCCGGGUACACAUACUAUGUUUCGUUGUCCCCCAUUUUGGUUCACAUACUAAGGGGGUACCCAUUGUUGAGUAUUUGCUUUUGUAUAGUACAGUUUGUUAAUUACUCUUAUAUGCUCGCACAGUCUUGUUCAUUUGGAUUUUCUAAUGUGUACUACGAUGGAAUAGUUCAUAUUUGACGGGUGCCAAAGUAUUGCUUGUUUUUCUUAAACUGAGAAUAUUUUUACCUAUUUUUCGAGUAUGUAUGUGCAGCAGCAGAAAAUAAACUGCUUGGUUUAAAAUUUUGCUUCGCUUAAUCUGUUGCUUUGACAUUGUUUAUUAUUGAUAUAGCAUUCACAUUUGCAGAAUGGACCAUUUUAACCUUUAAUGAAAUAAUGUUAUUUAAUUUAGCAACAUUUGGUACCUAGCAAAAAAUUAAUUUGAUACUUUUGAACUAAAGUACAUAUUGGUUUCUAAGAGUUCCAAUGUUCUUCAACAGUCAACACCCUUCUGUUAAUAGCAUAUUAAUGCAGUGAAACUAGGGUAUACCAAAUUAUUUUUCUUUAUGUGCUUUGAUAGAGCUGUAGUUUAUAUUUUAAUAUUUGUAUAAUUGUAGACUUUGAUAUUUCAAUUGUAUUUCAGCAUAUUUUUUUGUGCCAAUCGAAUUCGUUUGUGCGACUCGACAAUAUAUGAACGUAUAGCAUGACACUGUCUGCUUUCGACCUCUGUUGGAGUCUGUGAGGUUUUCCCAUUAAAUAUGUGCUUUAUACAAUUUCCUGGAACUUGCCUUGGGGAUCACUCUUAUAGGGGGAAGUUGGUGUCUUUCAAAAAAGCGGCCUCAACACGAGGGCGAAGACGAUAAUUAUUUUCUGCUUUCUGCAUAGAAUUGCGGAAUUGUGUGGCGUGUCGAUUUUCAAUGGUGUUUUCGCGGCCCUGUCAUAUUAGCAAAAGAUACUUGUCCUCCUGUAAUAAAGGUUGCAUACCCCUGCUAUAGAUAUUAAUAAAGGACUGAAUUCACAACUAAAAAUAAAACGAAGAAAAACACGAUCAGUUUAAUUUGAUGGCUUUUAAGUACAGUACAUAUUGGUUUCUUCGAAUUCCCAUGUUCUUCAACUCCCUUCUGUUAUAAGCAUAUUAGUGCAAGGAAACUAGGUUACACCAAAUUGUUUUUCUCUUUGUGCUUCGAUAGAGUCGUAGUUUGUAUUUUAAUAUUUGUAUAUUGAAUGUGGCAGUGCUGUAUCUACGUAAAAUCGCACCCGUGGCAAAGUCUUGAAAUACACCCCUUGAUAGUUGUUGAAAAUCUAUAAUGACUAUUGAUGAAAUACGAGUUUCAGUUAUUUCCAAUUUGAAAUUAUUUCAUUGAAACUUUUUAUAAUUAAUACUUUUCACCUUUUUUUGCGCUCCUAUUCAAACAUCGCUCAUGGCUCGAGCCAUGGCUGCCACACCCUAGAUAGGAUACGCCACUGACACCGAUGGAAUUUUGUUUUUUAUGUUUAUUACGGUACAAUUCUCAAUCA